AUAGAGAGCUUUUAGGUGAGCAUCGCAAAGACGCAAAUUACAAAGGCUACAAACUCUAGAGAGAAGGGCCAGCAAGCAGUGAAAUAGAAGAAGAAAAUGGGAGGAGGAAUGGAGGCAAACAAGAACAGGUUCGUGGAGGAGUGGGGCGCGGCCAGAGAAAAUCUCGAGCACAACUUCCGGUGGACUCGCCGCAACUUCGCCAUCAUCGGAAUCUUCGGCAUUGCUAUCCCCGUCCUAGUCUACAAGGGCAUCGUCCGAGAAUUCCAUAUGCAAGAUGAGGAUGCAGGCAGACCAUACAGGAAGUUUCUGUGAGUACUGAGACGGUGCUUCACAAUAACUGUGGGACUAGUCAUAGAAGGUUCUCUACUGGACCCACAGAUUUUACCAUCCUUGUAUGGGAAAGCAUUUCCUUUGUUAAUGUCAACGUUCAUUAAACAUAAUGUUAUGUGAAUUUGCCUUUUAUUUUGGGUUGUAUUUUUCUGAAUACUGCACAAUCAAUGGUAAACUUCUGCUUUUACUAGUA